AUGUCGAAGAGCAAUAGCAAGAGCCCGUCACCACCUGCAAUGGAUGACAUAGACGAGGACCCCUUUUCACACUUCCUAUCACCUGUACUCGACGAAGACGACCCCUUUGAUGGCCUCGACUACAACGCCGGCAUCGACAGUCCCUUUGACGAGGAAGUAGAGCAAAAGCGAACGACAUUCCGUGUCAGGCUAGAGGAGAAAUGGGGAAACUUCUUGUCGUCUCGCCGCACGCCGUCACCGCAAAAGUCACAACAGACACCGCCGAGGACACCGCCAUCAGAAGAUCAAUUGCCUGAGCUCAUCAUCGACGACCUCGAGGGCUUUGGUUCACCGUCCUCUUCUCCACCUUCUCGCCUUCCCUCUCUUACAACACUCAAGGAUAUCAUCCACGAAGAAGAUGAGGAAGUGGAUGGCUGGGAAGCAGAUCGCCGACGCAGCCGUGUCCUGCGCCGCAAGAACAACUUCCACCUCGACGAGAUGGAUAGACCUGUCACCGCACCUUCACCACGAACUCACCGUCCCAAACUUCAACGUCCCAGAUACAAGAGAUUCAGGACAUUGAGUGGAAGACCCCACUCCUUCGUGGCACCUUCUCCUCAUCUCUGGACUGUGAGUGAGCAUGAUGAGAUCUUGGAGCAAUUGAGGAACGAAAUGAGAGGAAGAAGAUCUAGUCGAUGA